CCGCCCGGGGGUGUCUCCCGCGGCGCUGCCCCCCCCGCGGCCCGCCUCCUCCCCGGGGCCAUAAAAGCGCUCCGAGCAUCCCGCGCUCCGUGCCGAGCCGUGGGCGGAGCGAGGAGGAUGCUGCCGAUCGGGAAGACCGCGAAGCAGGGCAAAAGGGGUAUUCUGGAGCGCUUAGAUGCUGGAGAAAUUGUGAUUGGAGAUGGAGGAUUUGUUAUUGCUCUUGAAAAGAGGGGAUAUGUAAAAGCUGGGCCUUGGACUCCUGAAGCAACGGUAGAACACCCAGAAGCAGUUCGUCAGCUUCACCGGGAAUUCCUCCGAGCUGGAUCCAAUGUUCUGCAGACAUUCACCUUUUAUGCUAGCGAGGACAAACUAGAGAACCGGGGCAAUUAUGUAGCUGAGAAAAUAAGUUGCCAGAAACUGAAUGAAGCUGCUUGUGACCUUGCAAGAGAAGUGGCUAAUGAAGGUGAUGCUUUAGUGGCUGGAGGAGUCAGUCAAACACCAUCAUACUUAAGCUGCAAGGAUAAAGCAGAGGUUAAAGCAGCCUUUCGAAAGCAACUAGAAGUCUUUAUGAAGAAGAAUGUGGACUUCCUAAUUGCAGAGUAUUUUGAACAUGUUGAAGAGGCUGUUUGGGCAGUCGAAGUUCUAAAGGAAUCUGGAAAGCCAGUUGCAGCUACAAUGUGCAUUGGUCCAGAAGGAGACAUGCAUGGCGUAUCCCCUGGACAAUGUGCUGUCCAACUGGUAAAGGCUGGUGCUUCUAUUGUUGGAGUCAACUGCCAUUUUGAUCCAGAUAUUUCCCUGGAAACUGUGAAACUGAUGAAAGAGGGUUUGCAGGCUGCUAAACUGAAAGCCCAUCUGAUGUCCCAGCCACUUGCUUUCCAUACACCUGAUUGUGGAAAGCAGGGUUUUAUUGAUCUUCCAGAAUUUCCCUUUGCUCUGGAGCCAAGAAUUGCAACCAGAUGGGAUAUUCAAAAAUACGCAAGAAAGGCCUAUGACUUAGGAGUUCGUUACAUUGGAGGUUGCUGUGGAUUUGAGCCAUAUCACAUCCGAGCAAUAGCUGAGGAGCUAGCUCCUGAAAGAGGAUUUUUGCCAGAAGCUUCUGAUAAACAUGAUAGCUGGGGCAAGAGCCUGAGCAUGCAUACCAAACCGUGGGUCAGAGCAAGGGCAAGAAAAGAGUAUUGGGAGAAUCUAAAGGCUGCUUCAGGCAGGCCAUAUUGUCCUUCAAUGUCAAAGCCAGAUGGCUGGGGAGUGACCAAAGGAGCCAAGGAGCUGAUGCAACAGAAAGAACCAACUAGUGAACAACAGCUGAAGGAGCUCUUCCAGAGACAGAAGAUCUAAUCCACUGCAGUUCUGUAAAUAUUAGAAUGAUUUAUCUGCAAACCAUCUCAUGCUUCAUGAGAAAAUCUGUGAAGAUGAGUACUCUGUUGAUUUAUCAGUUAGCAUGUAAUGAAAGAGACAAAAUGCAGAAAGAAUGUGAUUAUAGAUUAUAUGUGUCGAACUUUGAUAAUCUUUCUCUGGACAAUUAGUUUAGAAAAUAUGUAGAAGAAGGAUUGGAUUCUCAUAAUAAUUGUGCUUCUGUUAGCUAGGUGACAUUAAUUGGGUAGACACAAAAAUACAUGGAAAGUAAUAAAUGGCUCGACUCACCUGUGAAAAGAGAAAAAGCUGUCUAUAAAUACGGUAUCAAUGGAGCUCCACUCCUGAGUCUGUUUUCAGUUUGGGAUUAUCCAGGAUAUUCCUCAGAUCUCAAGACUCGUUGAGGGCUACUUCAGGGUAGCUGAAGUAGCCAAGCUGCCAAUGCUUCAGAUGCACAGAUAUGUAUAAUCACUUUCUUUCCUUCAAGAGAAUAAGAGUAAACUGGAAAAUAAAUCUUAAAAUUAGAAUCAAAAGAUAAGGAGAGUGAGAUCUUGCAGGAAUUUUUUAUGUACAGGAGAAAGAUUUAGAGAACUUUUAGGAAAGAGAAAUGACAAGGUAAAUAACUCACUGUUUUUGUCACAAAUUACCAUGUACACAGAAUUUACUCCUCUGAAAGACUAAAAGGCUUAAGACAUUAUUUUGGAAUUGAAAAGAAAUCAAAUAAAUUAACAGUAAGAUGAUGGAAUAGUAUUGUUUUAUCUUCACACCUUAAAUCAUAAGGGCUCAAACAUGCCUCCAGUAAACAACUGAUUUUCAAAUGAUUCAGAUGAUUUCUGGACAUCUCAUUGAAAACACUUGGUUAUCUCAAAAUAGCACAUAAAACCAAAAGCUUUCUAAAACAUAACUCCUGUUUAUAAGAGCAGUGGAACAUUCCACGAUUUGCUUUAAGCUGAUUCACCCUAGAACCUUAAUUUGUUGAGAAUUUGUUGAGAGGGGUUGUAUUAGGAAGGGUAUCACUACUCUUGGAAACAAAAAAGCACACAUUUCCACAAUUUAUUUUUGCGAAAUACUACACUAUGUGGUUUUUUUUAGACUCUUAUUCCCAUCCAUUCUAUGUUGAAGCUGCUAUCUUUAUGAAAAUUCCAGAGUUAACAUUGAAAGCUUUUGUUGAACUACUUUUUAUGUAUAUGUUUAUUUCAUUAUUUCAACCCAUGCUGAUAUUCUGCAGUUCAGGGAACAUUUAAAUAUGCAACACUCUAAUAGGAAACUUGUGGUUUCCUUUUCAGACUGUUACUGGCACACGGAUUUUAAAGAAAGCCAUCAGCCUUCACCACUCUUAUAACGAACUGAAGUAGUUACUAGCUAAGCCAAAAGUAGACAAAUCAAGAAAGUGGAUAUUAAAAAUGUAGAUUAUUUGGAAAGCAUCCAUGCAAGUAUACAUGUGCUACAUUAAAUCCUUUCCUUCCUAAACCCUUUUAUACAUUCUGCAUGCAGAAAGUGGAAUAAUGCAAAACAGAAAAGGCCAGAUCUUUGAUCACCACCAAAAUGCACAUAGCAUUAAGGAUGUAUAUAGGAUAAAGAGGCUUAAAAUAGAAGCUACAACUGUUAAAGAGGUUGCUUUGAAAAAUCACUGCCCGUUUAGGGACUUCCUGUGGCAAAGGAUGCAGCUUAACCAUCACAGUCUAUAUGAUAAGCAGCUGGACUAAUUUUUUUUUAAAUUGUCCAAACACGCAAAUAUUUGUAUUGAAGUGAAGGAGUUCACUUCACAACACAGAAUAGUGAAGAACUAUGAUAUUUAAAAAGGUGAUCAAAUAUGAUUUUGAGUGUUUAUGAGAGCUCACCCAAGAGGGAAGCUACACAGUCCCUGUUUGAUUCUUACCACAGGAUGGGCUUAGAAAGGAAUUGACAGUGGGAUGAAAACAAGUUCACACGGUACUUUAUUUAUCACUACAGACCCCAAACUGUCAUUAGUGCUCCCCACACCCACUCUCAAAAAAACAAAAAAGAAAAAGCCUGAGCAACAAAGCCAACAAAACUUUUUUCCCCUUUUCUUUCUGUGUAACACCUUAGUUAGGAGUAAGGAAACUCCUGGAUUUGUUAAAGCUUUCUAAUGUUUUAUUACAUGACUUGUUAAGGAACUAAGAUGGGCUGACAGCGAAACCAAAGGAAAUUUCUUUCCUUAGAAAGCCUGUCUGAAAACUUAGGUAGGAAGUUAGGUACCAAAUCUGAGAUGUGUAUGUACUAUAAAUUUCUUCCUAAAAUGGUGCAUAGUUCAUACCUUCUUUUUCAACUCUAUACACAAAUGCAUUGGUAGGUUCUGUGAUAUUUUUUAACCUAAGGAUAAAAGAAGUAGACUCAUAUAUCUGUCUUGUUCUACCCUGUCGACUUUAUAAAAUAUUGAAUGUAAACUAAUCUCAUUUCAUCCUGCAAGGCAUGAAAUUAAGUAUUGACACCAUUCAAGUAGGAUGAGCAGAAUAUUAUCAUAAAAUAUAUUAUUUCAGUAUCUUGCUUUACUACAAAAAUUCAUUAAUUUUUCCUUAUGUUCCACUUUAUUGAGAACAUGGCAUCUGACCUAAGUUUUAUAUGAGAUAUUAACCUCCACUACAUACAAUUCCAUGGAAUUAUGAUACUAAUUUGUUCAAUAGUGUAUACCUCUCUCUCUACACAACUCCUGAAACAGAGCAAUCAACUACAUCCCAGCUUUAGGAGUCUGAAUAUAGACUUUCCAUAUAUGUUGGUCAACUUCACCUCAGAGCUUCUGUGUCCAGUAGAGUUGUAAAUCUGAAAAGAAAAGCAAAUUUGGGUAAUGGGACUUGAUACAAUCAGAGUGGAGAGUAGUUGCUAACAAAGGAAUUUCAAAGCACACUGAAGAAAUCUGUGCUCAGAAUAGGGAGAAAAAGCAUGAUUCUAUCUCACUACUAACACAGCAACAGCAAACAUGCAUUGAUAAAAAAAUACUUCACAAGCGUUAUCAGUCAUGGGUAGAUGGUUCAAGAGUGUUUUGUAAUAUUCAUUUGAAAACAUUUGUAUCUCAUCAUUUCAGUGUAAUUGAAGAAAGAGAUCAAAUGACAACUGAAACACAGGAGGGAAAUGGUCAAGAGCAAAUAAGACCUAUUUUGCAAUUAAACUGCUUGCAAAUGAAGUGACUGUAGAAAGAGACCAGUAGGCUAGUGUUUGCCUUUCAGCAGACAGGGUAGCCAGCUUUAUAGUAGAUGUUAUGCAAAAUCCCCUGAACAACUUCUAUUUCUAAUCAAACAAAGAAAACAGGG